AUGACAAACUCAUUAGUGACGGAAACAUUUGUCGAAUAUGGCAUUGGUAUAUCUUUUUUAGUGUUGCGAAUGUUUGCUCGUUUAAAUUUCGGAGGAAUUCAAGGCCUGCGUUUGGAUGAUGCUUUCGCAGCUGCUGGCAUGGUUUGCAUUUUGGACCAUGCAAACAAGAUUUAUGGCAGCAAUAUCGGCCUUACUAAAGUUACCGCCAUGGAAGUCACCGAUAGCGAGAUGCCUGAUAUGAUCCUCGGCUCAAAGUUGGCCUUUAUGAAUUGGAUUUGGUAUAUGAGCUAUCUCUGGUGUCUCAAGGGUGUCUUCCUUUGCCUCUACUGGAAACUCACGUAUGUGACAAGGGACACGAACUCAAAGGCUGGUUCUGGGAGCUGUGAUAUUUUGUAUACUCAGCUGGCUAGCAUGUCUAUUGACACAUAUCUGCAUAUGCACACCAAUUCCCAGGAAUUGGCAGAUCAAGCCUUACGCAGGAGGCGAGUUUACAACUGCACUCUCCGUCAACCACUUUAUGUAGUCAUCGCUGUUCUCAACGUGAUAUCCGAUCUCAUGAUCAUGAUUAUCCCCUUCCUCAUGCUCAACAAACUUCAAGUUGCCUUCGAACGCAAGAUUAUCCUAGGAGUAAUGUUUAUGUCCGGUAUAUUCAUUAUGAUCUGUACGAUUCUCCGAUGCUACUAUUCCCUCGGCGAUAUUAGUCAACUUCCAACUGCACUCCACUGGGCUGACCGCGAGUGCUUCGUUGCUGCCAUUGUUGCCUCUCUCCCUGGAAUCAAACCACUAUUCCGUGGAGUGGGCUGGCUUGGCUUCACGAGCUACAGUCGAUCAAAGAACACUUAUGGCACGGAAGGCUAUAAUAAGUUUGCCUCCGGGGAGACAAGACACCAGGCCUUAGCUUUGCUGAGCGCAGUGGAAACCACAACGCGAAGGCCAUGGAACUGA